AUGGCGAAAGUUUGCAAGACAUUCGAUAGUGUUGUCGAUUUAGUUCCUGGCAAAGAUUCAAUUCGUAUCAAGGUUCGCGUUCUUCGUUUGUGGAAGGUGUCUGCUUUCCUCAAUCCAUCUGAAACCAGUUCAAUUGAGAUGGUGUUGGUUGAUGAAAAGGGCGGGAAGAUACAUGCUUCCAUUAAGAAGCAGUUCUUAUACAUGUUCCAGUCUAAGAUUGAGGAAGGAGAGGUUUAUAAGAUGUCUUAUUUUUCAGUUAAUCCUCAAAUUGAUUCGGAUAUUGGUGAAUAUGCUCUAAGUCUCAUAUCAUUGGCUGAAGUUCGUAGUCAUGUCAUUGACUAUGAGUUUUUGGUUGAUGUCAUUGGUUUGUUGACUGGAAUUUAUGCUGAGAGGGAAUAUGUGAGGGAUGGAAAGAUAACUAAGAUGGUUGUAUUGGAGCUCACUGAUGAAGAAAAUGUAGUUAGAUUUGAUUGCUUAGUUUUGAAGGGUAAGUGUGAGUGUGCUUUGUUUGGUGACUAUGCUGAUGAUAUCACUAAGAAAUUGGGUAAGGGUCCUGGUGGAAUACCUGUUGUGAUUGUUCGCACUGCAGCGGAGGAUUGUGUUAAAACUAUUGAAGAAAUUGAAAUCAAAGACAUUGUUCCUGAUCAAUGGUUCCUUAAACCCAAGAAUGUUGUUAACUAUAGGAAGCGCAAGAACAAUGUUUCGUAUGGUCAUUCUGGAAAUAUGAAACGCAAGAAGCAUUCCAAGAAUGGAAAAGUUAAAUUUAUCUAG